GCGCGGCGGGCCGCGCCUCUGAGUCGGGUCGGAUCCGUAGGCGGCAGCGCGGAGCAGGCAGUCGGCAGCGCGCGGCACCAUGUCCCCGGGCAGCGGGGUGAAGAGCGAGUAUAUGAAGCGCUACCGGGAGCCGCGCUGGGACGAAUACGCGCCGUGCUACCGCGAGCUGCUGCGCUACCGCCUGGGCCGCCGGCUGCUGGAGCAGGCGCACGCGCCCUGGCUCUGGGACGCCUGGGGCCCGGACAGCCCCUCGGACAGCUCGGCCUCACCCAGUCCGGCGCCCAGGGGCGCGUUAGGGGAGCCCUCGGCGUCCUCCGCGCGGGAGGAGGAGCAGCCGGUGGGGGAGCGCGGCGCGGAGCUGCGGGACGCGGAGGAGCAGGACGCGGUGCUACCAGCACCACCGAAAAAGGACAUAGAAGAGAAGAAACCUGAAGAACACAGGACAAAAGAGACUGACGGGGCACCCAGCGGCCCCGGACCUCGACAACAGCCUAGUGCCUUAUGUGCCAGAGGAAGUAAAAAAGCCACCAGAAGCCCCCAAAGAUCGACGAGCAAAAUCAAGGAGAACAAGCACCCGUUUGCUCUUUAUGGCUGGGGAGAGAAACAGAUGGACUUGGGGAGCCAGAAGACACACAAUGUCUGCGCAUCGGCCUCUGUGCACGAGAUUCAUGAGUCAGCCCUUCGAGCCAAGAAUAGAAGACAGGUGGAGAAGAGGAAGCUGGCUGCCCAGAGACAGCGCGCUCACUCGGUGGAUGUGGAAAAGAACCAGAGGGUAAAGCCGUCGUCUGCAGAGAACCCCUGGCUGACUGAGUACAUGCGGUGCUACUCAGCGAGGGCGUAGAUCCCGGGGCAUCCUCUCGAGCAUUCAUGCAAGAAGAGGAAAACAAAAACUGGCAAAUGAGACCACACACGGGUGGAAGAAACUGGUCCUACAUGGCUCCCCUUAGGAAAUGCCAAGAGAUGGUUUUGCUUUCAUGACGGUUGGUCACAUGCCUUAGUAGCGGGACAGACCAUGGAAGCCAUAUAUACUGGCUUGUUUAUGAAGACAAGUCCCAAGUCUUGAUAUUCUUGUAAGAGUUUUAUUUUAAAGAUUUUAAUCUUUGGAGAUACCCACACCGAGUGCCUUUAACCGGCUCUAGGCGCUUCCCACCCACUCCUCCGGUCAUCCAGUCAGAGCUGUCCUUUCUCAUCAGCUCCACAGUCCAUGGCUGGCAGGGCAUCCUGUCCAGUCCGCCAUGCAUGGAGCUGACACCCAGGAAAGCAGACAUGGAGAUCCAGGCUUUUCCUGACGAGCCAGAGCUUCGGCAGCUGCAGAACGAUUACACUCGACAGAUUUCCUUUCGCCUCGUCUUCAUGUGGACUGUGAUAUUUAAGAAUUUUCUGGCCAGAGCGAGGGUCACCUUUUAUCCCUAAGUCACCCUUAGACUUUUAUUUAAUACGUGAUUUAAUAGUUCUGGGACAUUCCAGAGAGCGACAUGCGGAGCAUGUUUAGAGAAAUGACAAUACUUCUUUUGAGUUGCAUUCCUUUAACUGCAGGCAGCUGCUUAAGUCUGACCGCCACUCCCCUCUUCUGAGAGAGAGAGAGAGAGAGAGAGAGAGAGAGAACGCGCGGAUGAAGAUAUUGAGAACUUGUAAUCUGCAGUGACAUUUAACUGGGUUUGUUUGGCCUGUGGGGAUGGGACCAGCAGACACCGUUACUGUGUCCUUGCCUGCGUCAUGCUUUCCCUUCUACAGAACUUAAUGACGGCGUCAUGCACAGGGGUCAUAGUCUGGGCUGGAAACCUGAUUGCAUGAUCUCUGGCCCAGUGAUCUUUGCUGCCAUACUGUGGGAGAAUAGGCCAGGUGCUGGCCUGACUGUAACGUUCUUCCUUUAAUAAGGAACCACUGUCAGGGUUUAAAAAAGAAAAAGGUUUUAAAGAAUGUGUUUUCCCGUAAAAUGGGUGCCUUCGCCACCCUGCAGAAGAGACUCCCAGAAGGAGGAGCACCGUGUUCUUCCUGAGAGACAAGGAGAUCUUUUGCCUGCACCCACUCAGCAUCUGAGCUUGCUGGGUAAAACCCAGUGUCGGGCGUGUAGCUGAACAUUUCCAUGAUAUUUUUACUUUGUUUUUUUUUUUUUUUGAGUAUGAUAAUUUCUAGAAGGCUGAUUGAUUUCAUUCCAUGUGAGAUUGUCACACGAUGUCCUCUGAAGACUGUAUUAAGCUUUGAAAAUGCACACUAAAGAAUCACAAGCGUUUUUUUAAAAAAAAGCCUUUUAAAAUAUUUACCUAGUUUUGUACAGUCCCUUGUGUACAGAGCCCUUCCUCUGAGGUGUAUAUUUAAUUAAAGAGUAAAUUCUACAUGUUCUCCAAAUACAA